GGCCGGACGUGCCGGGAAUCUUGCAACCACGCACGUGUAGGGAACGUUGCGGACAGCAAGUGAGGCCAGUGAGAACUGGCCCUUUGGAGCCACAAGCGAGGAAUCACAUGGGUGACAUGACGUCGAGGGGGAGUUUUCACACGUUUCUGCUGACUCAGCUGAAUCUGAGCUCUCGAGCCUCAAGCACAGGAUCCAGAUUCCAGCAAGCGAUUCGUUGAGAAGAUUCAAAACUCCACUCGAGUCGGAACUUGGGGGAAGCUCUUCUCCAAUUACACUUUCCAAAGCGUUUCCUCUGCGCAAGAAGAGCUGUUUGAACCGGCUGGACGCCAUGGCGCUCAUCGAGGCUCUCGCGAAGUAUGUGCCAGGUGCUGCUCCACAUGCUGCUCCUCAGGCGGCCUACACUCUCAUCACCUCCCAUUUUGUGAACUGGUUCAUCCCAAUCUGUGGACUCAUUGGCAUUGCCUUUGCGCUCCUCCAAUGGCACAUUGUCUCCAAGAUUAAGGUCUCACCGGAAGCAGGGAGGUACAAUGAGUAUGUUGCGGUUGAGGAUGGUACUGAUGAUCAGGGGGUCAUCCACAAGGUGGCGGAGAUUCAGGAGGCCAUCUCUAAAGGUGCCAUCGCCUUCCUCAGCACCGAGUACUACUAUGUGGGGAUCUUCAUGGUCAUCUUCUUUGUUGUCAUCUUCCUAUUCCUGGGGUCAGUUGACAACUUCAACACCAAGUGGACCGCCUGCGACACCAACCCGAGCGGCUACUGUGCCCCUACUGUCGCCAUUGCGUUCUUCAGCGCUUUGGCUUUUGCAUUGGGAGCAGGCACCUCUCUGGUGUGCGGUUUCCUUGGCAUGAAGAUUGCUACCUACGCGAAUGCUCGUACGACGUUGGAGGCUCGCAAGGGUGUUGGCCAUGCGUUCAUCGUCGCAUUCCGCUCUGGCUCUGUCAUGGGCUUCUUGCUUACCAGCCUGGGCCUCUUGGUGCUCUUUGCUACCAUCACCGGAUACAAGUACUACUUCGGAGCGGACUGGAUUGGUCUGUAUGAGUCCAUUGCUGGGUAUGGUCUUGGAGGAUCCAGUGUCGCUCUCUUCGGUCGUGUCGGUGGUGGCAUCUACACCAAGGCUGCGGAUGUUGGUGCUGAUCUUGUUGGCAAGGUCGAGCGUGGCAUUCCAGAGGACGAUCCGAGGAACCCUGCUGUCAUCGCUGACAAUGUGGGCGACAACGUCGGUGACAUUGCGGGCAUGGGCUCUGACCUGUUUGGCUCCUUCGCUGAAUCCACCUGCGCUGCGCUGGUCAUCUCGUCCCUCUCCUCGCUGGGCCACGCCCACUCUUUCGCCGCCAUGAGCUUCCCCCUCCUGAUCACCGCCGCCGGCAUCCUCAUUUGCCUGAUCACCACCCUCUUCGCCACCGACUUCCACAUCAUCAAGACCGUCAAGGAGAUUGAGCCGUCCCUGAAGCGUCAGCUCAUCAUCUCGACCCUGCUUAUGACCCCCACCAUCUUUGCUGUCGCUCACUACUCGCUCCCAGCUGAGUUCACCAUCAAUGUCGUUGGACAUGAGCCCAAGCCUGUCAAGAACUGGUACAUGUUCUUCUCUGUGGCCUCUGGACUCUGGGCUGGCCUCAUCAUUGGGUUUGUCACCGAAUUCUUCACGAGCAACGCCUACCAGCCGGUCCAGGACGUCGCUGACUCGUGCCGCACGGGCGCUGCCACCAACAUCAUCUUCGGGCUGGCCCUGGGCUACAAGUCGGUGAUUAUCCCCGUGUUCGCCAUCGCUGCGGCCGUGUACACGAGCUACCAGCUGGCCGCCAUGUACGGCAUCGCGUGCGCGGCCCUCGGCAUGCUCAGCACACUUUCUACUGGGCUCGCCAUUGACGCUUACGGCCCUAUCUGCGACAACGCUGGAGGAAUUGCGGAGAUGGCUGGCAUGGGAGAGAGCAUCAGGGAGCGCACUGAUGCGCUGGACGCUGCUGGAAACACCACCGCUGCCAUCGGCAAGGGCUUCGCCAUUGGAUCUGCUGCUCUGGUGUCUCUUGCUCUUUUCGGUGCCUAUGUCAACCGCGCGGGUAUCUCUGUUGUCAACGUCAUCCAGCCUGAGGAGUUCUGCGGCCUGCUGGUGGGCGCCAUGCUGCCGUACUGGUUCAGCGCCAUGACGAUGAAGUCGGUGGGCAAGGCUGCGCUGGCCAUGGUGGAGGAGGUGCGCCGCCAGUUCAACACCAUCCGGGGACUCAUGGAGGGCACCGCCAAGCCCGACUACGAGCGGUGCGUCAAGAUUUCCACGGACGCGUCCAUCAGGGAGAUGAUUGCCCCCGGUGCGCUGGUCAUCCUGACCCCCGUCAUCGCCGGCACUCUCUUCGGGACCAGGGCCCUCUCCGGAGUCCUGGCGGGCGCUCUCGUCUCUGGCGUGCAGAUCGCCAUCUCUGCUUCUAACACCGGUGGGGCCUGGGACAACGCCAAGAAGUACAUUGAGGCCGGCGCUUCCGAGCACGCCAAGUCGCUGGGCCCCAAGGGAUCAGACGCCUACAAGGCUGCUGUCAUUGGUGACACCGUAGGUGACCCGCUCAAGGAUACCUCCGGUCCUUCUCUCAACAUCCUGAUCAAGCUCAUGGCUGUCGAGUCUCUGGUUCUAGCGCCUUUCUUCAAGGCGCAUGGAGGCAUCAUCUUCGGAGGGAACCAUUAAGCCAAGUGCGUCAGAGUGGCAGCCUGGCGGUUCGCAAUUUUGGAAAAUGUGAGUCGAGCAGGAGACUGUUGAGGUAGGGCAGGUCGAAUGCAGAGUUGAGCAAUGUCUUUUCUUUGCACAGUCGGAGGUUUCGUGUCAGUAAAACGCUUGUUUCAGCCACCUAGGAGUUCGGAGAUAGUGAACUGGUCGAGCAGAUUGUUCUAAGAGUGUGAACGUGCAUUUGAAAGGAUCUGUUGGAUUCUGAUUACAAGCAUGUGGAGUGUCUGCAAGUGUGUUCGGUCAAACAGUUUCCCCCAAAACGGAAAGCGAACAUGUCACAAGUAGCUGUCAAUCCUGAUAAAAAGUGCAUUAGAUCAACCCCUUAUAGACGCCGCUAGCUAACAACACUGCAUAUGACAUUUUAGACUGCAAUGGUUCUUGUAGCCGCAUGUGGCAACAGCCAGUUUGACUACUACUUGCUUGACUAAGUGAACACAGCAAAGUGCAUGCAGCCGAUAGCCGUGAGCUUGGACGUGACCCAUCCUUCCCCAGUGGUUCCACAGCAAU